AUGGCACGCUUUCAGAAUGAGCAUCCUGCUGCUGAAGUUUCCCAAACUGACGAAUUUGGCAACCCUAUUCGCAGGACAGACAGACUAGUGGGCAACCCGAUUGUCAAGCAUGAGACCGGGCAUGGAAUCGCAGGGAUUGGCGGGCAUCAUCACGGACUCCACCGCACUGACUCAAGCUCCAGCUGUAGCUCUUCUGAAGAUGAGGGAACGGGGAGGAAGAAGAAGGGUCUGAAGGAUAAGCUAAGAGAGAAGCUACCAGGUGGACAUAAGGACCCAUCAACAACGACACCGGGGCAACAGCACGAGAAGAAAGGAAUGAUGGAUAAGAUCAAGGAGAAGCUCCCUGGCCACCACAGCCCUUGAUUUGCUUUUCUAUAUGCGAAUGUGUACUACUAUAAACGUUAAUUUCCAGCA